UGGAGUGGAUUUGGAGCUAUUUGGAAGAGGGAGGGAGGAUUCGAAGAACACCCAGAACCACAGCAGAGCUUGGAGCAAUCAACUGGCAAAUUUGAGAGGGUCGGAGAGGAAUUGGAAGAUACUCAGAUCCCCAGAAUUGGUUGGAGCAAGAAGGGGGUGAGAUCUUGCAAGCGGUCGUUGCAAUCGGUCACCUAGGAAUGGCCGAGAAUCCAUGUGUGACGUGGAGAGAACGCGGAGAAGGCCUAGAAUCGCCAGAUCUGCUGCACCUAUUCCUUUGUUGAUCG